AUGAACGGCACAGGCACCGCGGGCGCGGGACCGCAGAGGAAGUCGACGGGGAACGAGAUGAGCGAGAAGCUGCUGCAGGGCUGGGCGAUGCUCGCCAUGCACUGCCCCGUGUGCUUCAACCCCAUCCUCCGGAGCAGGGCGGGAGAGAAACGGUGCGUCGUUUGUGAUCUGCCCGUCAUAGAGGAGGCUGAUGCCCCGCCCCAACUGACGUCAGCAGCGCCACAAGAGCCAGCUCAGCAGCAGCAGGGAGGAAGGACCGAGGAAGGUGCGACAGGCUGGGAGAAGGAGGAAGAAGCAGAGAGGGAAAAGAGCAGAGGUCAGAGAGAAGGAGGGGUGGAGAGGGCAUACGUGGAUGGGCUUGUAUCAGGGACGCCAUUAGAGAGGACGACUGGAGGUCAGCAAAGACAAGAUUUGCUGCCCAUCGGCACAGUACCUGCUGCAACGCCUGGCACGGCAGCAGCAGCAGCAGCUGCCACUGCCGUUCCCUCGGCUGCCGGAGUAACGGCGAGUUGCCCUGUCGCUCCCCUCCUGCCACCCUCAACUUCGCACCCCGCCUCUCUGCCUGCCCCCGGCACAUUGCCCCACAAACCGGACACAUCUUCCUCCCCACGGGACGCGUCUAUGAGUGCGUUGAACGCAGCAGCUAACGACGCCCUUAUUGGCGCUCUGCGGGCCGUUGUCACGCAACUGCAGAGAGCUCAACGAGCUCUGGAUUCCGCCUCCGACUUACAGCAGACGCAUCAGGUCGGUGUGCUGAGUCACCAGGGACGCUUUGGGGGGAACGCUAUCAAAUCCGCUCAGACGAAGGCACCCCCAUUUCCCCCAUCUCCCCUGCCUCUUGCCUUCACCUGCCUCGUGCCUUCACCUGCCUCGUGCCUUCACCUGCCUCGUGCCUUCACCUGCCUCGUGCCUAUCAAAUCCGCUCAGACGUCCCCAUUCCCCCCAUCUCCCCCAUCACCCCCCUCCCCUCCCCCUCUCAUGCCUUAG